ACUGGACUGGCUCUCGUCGCACGCCGGCACGGACACGGUACCCUUUUUACACCUCUCCUCCACGGUUGAACACUUCGACUUGCGUGGAAGAUGGUGGCCUAAGCCUGAGGCGGUUCAAACUAUUACUAAUACCCCAGGCUUUGGGUGUUUGAAGACGUUGAAGAUGGUGCUAGACACGGUGUGGUGUGGAAUUUGCCAUAUGUGCCGUUUGGUCCGGUUCAAAGACAGGCCGACGGGGGUGGUAUAUGAGGGGGGUUUGGGGUUGCCUUUCGACUAUGCGCGUGUUCUAGCGCCACUUAAAUACCUGGAAGAGGUUGUGAUUAUUACACCCAACCACCGCCCUGGGUGGACUACAUUUGGUUCGAAUGCAGACACAAACUCGGAGACGACGCUCACCUCCGACACAAACGUAAACCCGAACUUAUGGUCGGGUGAAUGCUAUGUCUGCGUGAGGGUGGCGUACAAAGAGGAUGCGUUCCGCGAGAAGUGGGUGGCUAGGAAGAGACGCGUCGGUCUGGCCUGCGGUGAUGGUGAUAACGAUGAUGGUGAGAAAGAUCUGAGGCCACCAAAGUUGAGGAGGGUGGAGUAUCGGUUCUCUACAGGGUAUCUUUGA